UGGGGCUGGAAUUUCCUGACCCUAGGAGGUGCAGUGAACAGUGCUGUUUAACACAAACACAGAAGGUUCAGACCCAGACCUCCCUACAAUCAGGAAGGGAGUGAUGCUAUGAUAACUAGUAUAAUUAGCCUUCUCACUUUUUAAAAGACUGUAUUAUAUAAUAGUAGCAUAUUUUCAAAUCUCACUGUAUUUCUUUAAAUCUAUGUGGGUCAUCUCUCUGCCGUGAGUCCCAGCAGCUGUGCUUCAGGUUUAGUAUUUUCCUUUUGAGGGCUGACAGCCAUGAUGACCUCUUCAGAAGUAGAGGGCUAGGUGGUUUACCUUUUGAAAUACUUAUUAUAAUAACAGAGGUAUUCAUGCUCUUUGAAGCAUUAGGCAGUUAUGGGUGAGUUCAUGUCAGCCUUGGAGAUGGGAGUAUGUCAGAUCUCAGCUGGGUCACUCUCAUGUCCAAGGAUGAAUCCACAAACUCAUCAAAGGAAUGUAGUAUUCUAUUGUUAGUGGUUUAGGCUUUCAUUUUCCCCAGCAUGCUCUCAUUGGUUUUCUAUAAUUUAUUUGAGCUGUGUUAUGUAGUUCAAGGAUCUAUGAGGAUCUAGGAGAAGCUCUCUUUGAACUUUGCAUACCAUAGGAUGUUGGGAAAAUAUGUUGUAUGCUGAUAGCUUUCUUGUCUGUCAUUCUUUUUUUUUUUUGUAGAGACAUUCUCACUUUAUUGCCCUCGGUAGAGUGCCAUGGUGUCACACAGCUCACAGAAACCUACCUCCAACUCCUGGGCUUAGGCGAUUCUCUUGCCUCAGCCUCCCGAGUAGCUGGGACUACAGGCGCCCGCUACAAUGCCCGGCUACUUUUUUGUUGCAGUUUGGCCAGGGUUGGGUUUGAACCCGCCACCCUCGGUAUAUGGGGUCGGUACCCUACCCACUGAGCCACAGGCGUCUUUCAUUCUAUUUGAACUUUUUUCAUCUUAUCAGCCCUAAGUUUUAGGCAUGGUGGUAUUUUAUGCUUAACUUCUUAUUAAUAGAUGCAAAAAAUUUGUUAAUUCGUUUUUCUUUGGAUAGGGGAAAUGUAUGUGUCCCAGCAGCUUAUUGAGGCUGCAUACUUCCUGACAGGUUCCCCAUUCUCUAGAAUCAUGACAUUUUUUAAACAGUCUAAAGAACUAGAUACUACAUUGCAAAGGAGACUACUAAUGAGUUGAAUGGAGACUUUAGUCCAUCUAGUGUUCAGUGCUGUACUUGGAAUGUAAACAAGGCUAACAGCCCAUUGCCAAACAAUGUCAUAAAAAAAUCUCCUUCUUGGCAGACAGAACACAGUGUUACUGAUUAUGAUCUCACACCCAACACAAUAACUGAACAGGAGUACACUAGCAAUAUAAAUAUUAACAUCUCUGUUUUCUCAGUCACUAACUUCAUUUCACUGCUAUUUUCAAAACACGAAUUAAAACUUAAAUUGCCCUUUAUGUCAGCACAUAAAGGUCAAAAUCCUUGAGGAAUCUUUUUCUUACCCCUGACCUUAUUCCUCAUUAAGUUAUUGGUUAUAGGUUCGGCACCCGUAGUACGGUGGUUAUGGCACCAGCCACAUACACCAAGGGUGGAGGGUUCAAACCUGGCCCGGGUCAGCUAAAAAACUGCAGCAACAAAACAAAAAAUAGCCGAGCAUCGUGGUGGGCACCUAUAGUCCCAGCUACUUGGGAGGCUGAGGCAAGAGAAUCAUUUAAGCCCAAGAAUUUGAGGUUGCUGUGAGCUGUGACGCCACAGCACUCUACCAAGGGUGAGAUAAUGAGACUGUCUCAAAAAAUAAAUAAAUAAAAGUUAUGGUUAUAAGGACAGUGGUACUCUAUCCUAGAGGUGGUAAAGGCUCAUAUAACCCAUGUUCUAUUAUAAAACAAAGAGCUAGUAAGAUUUCAUUUUCUAAAAAGAGAGUACCAUCAGAAUAUAUAUCCAUGCAUUUCUCCCAGUACUUUGUUUUAAAGUGUAAACUUAUGGGCUCAGUGCCCAUAGCACAGUGGUUACAGCGCCAGCCACAUACACUGAAGUUGGUGGGUUCCAACCCAGCCCGGGCCAGCUAACCAACAAUGACAACUGCAACAAAAAAUAGCCAGGCAUUGUGGUGGGCCACUGUAGUCCCAGCUGUUUGGGAGGUCAAGGCAGGAGAAUCACUUGAGCCCAAGAGUUUGAGGUUGCUGUGAGCUGUGACACCCCAGCACUCUACUGAGGACAACAUGAUAAGACUCUGUCUCAAAAAAAAGUGUAAACUUAUGAACUUGAAUCAACACACAAAUAUUCAUUUUGUUUCUGUAUCCCUCUUUGGAUUACUUUGGAAUUCAGGCUGCAAGAUAGGAUUUGGGGGUUUUUGUUUGUUUGUUUUUUCAUUUUUUCAUUAAAGGACAGGGGAGAGUAGUCUGAAUCAGGUCAUGAAGUCCCAUGCGGAAUACCUCAUCUCAGCCAUUGAACUCACUUGGCUGGCCAUGAGUCUGUUCCAAGCUCUGGCUAAGGAAACAUCUGCCGGCCCCUCCCAGGGUGGAAAGGGGGGUCUACAGCAUCUCCCGCCCAGUCUGACCUUGCCCAGAGCCCCCCGCCCUCGGGAACUCACCUCCUCAAGACUCAUGAAAGCCCUGUUAGGGCUGCUUCCCGGCCCUAGUCUCAGACCUUCCCAAAGGACAAGUGGGUGGAGUGACUCGGUGUACUUGGCUCGUAGCCCCACAAGACAGGUUUUUUAUAGCCUCCAGUGUACACAGCAGAUCUCUUCAGAAAGCUAUCCACUAUUCAUCCCCCAGACCCUCCACAUUUAAGGAAGAAUUAGCAAAAUUUCCAAAGCCUUUCUUUUUCACCACAGUGAUAACUAUGGUCAUGGCACAUUUCAUGGCAAACUUCCCAAAUAUUACCAUGCUGAAACUCAAAACAUCCUCAUUUGAAAGAUAGAAAAAUCAUCAUUUUAUAACCCCCCCUAAUGAAAUAAUUGUUUUGGGGGAAAAAGAAUCAAUGGAUGUGAAAAGCCAGAAGUAAAAUGAACUGAUAAUCACUUGGUACCAAAAUAUCCCACAGAUAACUUGCUUGGGGCAAAGCGUAAACAAUCCAGUGAUCAAGUUUAGCAUCAUUAAUCAUGGAACAAAUGGCCUUAAUGCACUGUCAAGUACAUAAUAUUACCUAUGAAAUGUUUUUGCCAAAAAUGUUUAACCUGAUUCUUACCAAAGUUUUAGAUCUAACAUCUGGUUUGGGGGAAGUAGAGAGGAUGGAGAAAAGCAAGAUAGAUACAUACUAGCACACGGAAGCAGUCAGACCAGUUCCUAAGGAUGGGUAUUUUCAAGACAACUAGAGGGUUUUUUCAGAUCAAAAUCAGGAAAAAACGGGGAUUAGAAUUAUUCUAAAUUAAGAGAGACUAAAGAAACCUUAUCAAAUUAAAUGGGUGGCCAUAAUUGAAUCCUGGCACUAGUUCUAAAAGACAACUAUAGAAUAAUUGGAGAAAUUUUCUAAGCAGGGUCGGAAUUAGUAUUGGUUAGUAUUUGGAUGGGAGAAUAAUAGGAGAAAUUUUAACAUGAGCUGUAUUUUAAAUGAUAUUUGAAAAUUAUUUGUCAGGCGGCACCUGUGGCUCAGUGAGUAGGGCGCCGGCCCCAUAUGCCGAGGGUGGUGGGUUCAAACCCAGCCCCGGCCAAACUGCAACAAAAAAAAUUAUUUGUCAGAUAUCAUAAUAGCAUUAUUAUGUUGGAAGAUGUCUUUGUACGAGAUCUUUAGGGGGUAAAAUGUCAUGUUCAUAAUUUUACUUUAAAACAAUUCAAAUAAAAAAAUAUACUGUUUAUUGCUAAAUCUGCAUGGGGGCCUGUGAGUAUUCACUUUACUAUUAUUUUUAUAUAUAUUUGAAAUUUUUCAUAGUGAAAUAUUCUCACUUUCUGUAUUCCAAAUGCCACAUCUUGCCCUCAUCAUCAUGUAAAACCCUCAAUUAGUCUAUUUUGGUACAGUUCGACUACUUGGUAGCAGUUCGACAUUGCUGUUCCAUAAAAGUUUGUUCAAAUAAAAUCCCAGUUAUUCUUAAAAUUCUUUUUUAGUAAUGUAUACUUAAAGUAGACAAAAUAUGUAUACACAUAUAAAGGAGAAAAAUAUAUUUUGGAGUAGAAUUCUUUGUUUGGGUAUGAAGAAUCAAAACUAUGGGCUGUCGCUUCCUGCUCCUUGCCUCCUACGCCAGUUCCAAGAAUCUUUGCCACCCUGCCAGCAAGUCUCAGACUGAGUUUGACAAAGCCGCAGAGGAGGUUAAGCACUUCAAGACCAAGCCUGCAGAUGAUGAGAUGCUGUUCAUCUGCAGCCACUACAAACAAGCGACUAUGGGAGAUGUGAAUACAGAACAGCCUGGGAUGUUGGGCUUCAAAGGCAAGGCCAAGUGCGAUGCCUGGAAUGAGCUGAAAGGGACUAACAAGGAAGAUCCUGGGACUAACAAGAUGAAAGCUGACAUCAAUGAAGUCGAAGAGCUAAAGAAAAAAUAUGGAAUAUAAGAGACUGGAUUUGGUUGCAGCCAUGUGGUUAACCUAAACUGAUAUGAUGCCUUGUUUUUUCUAAUACUGUGGAUGAUGUAAAAUAACCAGUUAACCCAGUUCCUCAAGGCUGUUGCGGAUACAGCUCCAACAGAUUAGGGGCUAAAAUGAUUACUGACCUUCCCUAAGUAGUUUUUUUUUUUUUUUUUGGCUGGGGCUGGGUUUGAACCUACCACCUCCAGUAUAUGGGGCUGGUGCCCUACUCCUUGAGCCACAGGUGCCGUCCACCCCCCCCAAGUAGUUUUUAUCUGAGAUGAAUUAAAAGUGUAUUUGUUACUUAAAAAAAAAAAAAACUAUGUUUGCUUGAUAAGGCAUAAUUUUUGUUGACUCUUCUUCUUUCCUCUGGCUGUG